GGCAACAAUCAGCAUUCAACAUCCAGCGAAUAAUAAACGCAUACAAUAGCGAGUGUAGCAGCGUGCGAGAGGGCAGCGGGAAAUGGGAAGCCGUAACCAAAGCCCGAGAAGAGAAAAUAAGAGUAGCAAGAAGCGCUAUUGAGCGAGCGUCUGCCUGCCAGCCAACAAAUCAACCAGCCGUGAAGAUGCUAGCAAUAUUGUAAACACGCAUGCUUACAAGAUUUAUUUGUACGAAAAUUUAAAAUUUAAAAUAAAAAAAAAGUAAAAAAUUAAAUAAAUUAAUUAACCAAUAAAUACAUCAAUAAACUGUUGAAACUAAACAAGAAAGGUCUAAUAAGAACACGUGAUGCAAAUAAUCUUUAAAGCAAAACUCUAAAUCAGACAACUAAAAGCAUAUUUUAAACCAAAAUAUAUUAAAAAGGUAGCGCACAAAUCCGAUAUCAAUUACUAAAAUAAAGCCCAAAACGAAAAACACAUACAAUAAGAAAAAUUGAAUAAGUUGAAGGAAACAUGUACUUUGUACGGUGAUAAAAAAAUCUAUACUCGUAAAAUGAAACAAGCAACACACAUUCCCAAAGCUAUCUAAAAAUAAGCAGAAACAAAAUUCCUAUAAAGGACGACUGUAUAGGUAAAGCGUGCCAAAGCUGAUAUACCCGAUAUACCCAGUACUCGCUUAUCGGUUUGUGUAGAUAUUCAUUCGUAUUCAUGAAUGGCGUUCGUUUGGAACCAAUAGUGCUCCUUUCAAUUGUUGUAUUAUUAGGCGUAGUUAUUGUUGUUAUUGAUUGACAUACACAUACAUAUAUACACAUCUAAAAUAACUGAAUGCAAAAAGCGUAAAUAUAAAUUUAUACAUUCAUACAUACAUACUCGUACACGUUACGUUAAGAUUAGUGACCAAUAAUAAGAAAUCACAUUCGGCUGACUGACGACGACGACGCCGACGACCAUAAAAACCAUAGCAAGGCUGGUGGCCACACAUUGGCAACAAUAGAGAAUACAUCUGCAAAAGAAAGUGGGUUGAUUCGUGUGCGAAAUUGAGUGUUGAACGUUGAGCCACGUUUUUCGUUGUAUUUCUGUGAUUCGCAACCAACUAAACAUAUAAAAAGUAGAAGGCGGAAGAAAAGCAGUUAAGUAAAAUAAAAUUAAGGACAUCCAAAAGGAGAUUACGCUAAUCCAUUGGUGAUGAUGUUGACGUGCAUAACGCCUAUCUGGAGCAACAGUGUAACCGCCCUCGAACAGCUGCCAUCCUUCCGAGCACGAAACGAACAACAACAGGAACAGCAGCAGCUACGACCCACGCCACAGCAAUAGCAACAGGAGUUCGUGUUACUAUCAAUUAUUGGAGCGCAGCACUUUUCAAGCCGCAACCUCUGCACCAAGUGGCAAGGCGGCAAGGCGGCCACAAUCGUUUAGCAUUGACGGUUGAUAGGUUAUUCACAACGAUAACUUACGUGAGGCGUUGGUUAAGGCGAAAAAGUGAACGUUGUUGUCGGUAGUUGUGAAGGCGGCGGCAGUGUGAUAGUUGAAUCGGCUGCGGCACCUUAAAGUGUGCAACGACGUGACGUGAUAAGUUCGUGUGCUGUGCUUGUACGAACGAAUUUGCCGUUAGUUGGAACUAAAUAAACAUUUACUCGAGGCAAUCAUCUCCACCGCCACCGCACAGACUACAAUGCUCUGGUAGCCAAGAUAGUUUUGCCGUGGAUCACUAUUGCGGCAGUAGCGGUGAUACACCACACGCAGUGAAUAGUGUUCUUGGAGUUGGAGGGGCUGGAUUUGGUGGCGCAAGCGUUAUUGGUAGUGGAGUCGGCGGUGGUUGUAGUCAAUGCUCAUCAUCGGCGGCAGUGGCAGCGGCGUCGGCCGCAGCUGCAGCGUCAGCAGCGGGGACAGCAUCGUGCGGUGGCGGUGGCAGCGGAAUUGGAAUCAGCGGCGCAAGCACAGUUGGAGGCGGCGGUUAUUGCAGCGGCACGAUGUGUCAUCAUGGAUCCGGUGGUGCCGGCAUGCCGAUGGGCGUGCCACCACCACCACAACCGCCACAAUCGAUGAUGUCCGGUGGCGGCGGCGUCGGUGGCAUCGGCGAUGGGCGCACAACACUAAUGCAUAGCAGCAGCAGCUUACUGGGCUCACAUAUAUCGCUUGGCGGCCUGAGCGUUGGCGUUGGUUGUGAUACAAUCAUACCGGGUCCCAGUCAUUGUCGCAGUCUCAGCGGUCUAAGCAGUUUGAGUAUCGGACCGCCAGCACCACCAGUGCCGCCUCCACCACUCUUCAAUCCUUGUAGUUCAAAUAGUUUUAAUUCAAUACAAUCGAUGCAGGGACCACCAGGGUCCUCACGCUGGGGACCGCGUACAUCAUGCCCAAUUCAUAGUCCAUUUCGAGUGCGGGCGCCCAACGGUUCGAUAUGCUCUGGACAUCAGGCACUGCUACACACUCACGAUGUUGUUGCCCGAGACGUUUACGGCGAGGAGGCACUGCGCGUUACACCGCCACCAUUGGCACCAUAUAUUAAUGGCGACGAAAUCGAUAACGUGGACAAUGGCGAGUUGCAGCAUGUAACCAGAGUACGUUUGGUGCAAUUCCAGAAAAACACGGACGAACCAAUGGGCAUAACGUUAAAAAUGACCGAAGAUGGGCGUUGCAUUGUAGCCAGAAUAAUGCAUGGCGGUAUGAUACAUCGCCAGGCAACGCUGCAUGUUGGCGAUGAGAUACGGGAAAUUAAUGGCCAGCCCGUGCAACAUCAAUCUGUGGGGCAAUUGCAACGCAUGCUGCGUGAAGCGCGUGGUUCAGUUACCUUCAAAAUAGUUCCUUCUUAUAGAAGUGCUCCACCACCUUGUGAGCUUUUCAGGAUAAGACCAACUCCAGUACUUAUAUUUGUGCGUGCACAAUUCGAUUAUAAUCCUUUAGAUGAUGAGCUUAUACCCUGUGCUCAGGCAGGCAUCGCAUUCCAAGUGGGCGAUAUUUUACAGAUUAUAAGUAAAGAUGACCAUCACUGGUGGCAGGCACGCUUGGAUACAGUUGGUGGCUCGGCUGGUUUGAUACCGUCGCCAGAGCUGCAAGAGUGGCGUAUAGCCUGCAAUGUUGCGGAUAAGACCAAACAGGAACAAGGAGAAGGUGCCGCUGGCUGUUCUGCCCACGCUGAUGGGUGUGAUGGAUCGACAGUAAAUUGUUCGAUUUUUGGACGUAAGAAGAAACAAUGCCGCGACAAAUACUUAGCCAAACACAACGCCAUAUUUGAUAACUUGGAUGUGGUGACAUAUGAGGAGGUUGUAAAAGUGCCAGUCGGUGAUCCCAACUUUCAACGGAAAACGUUGGUUUUGCUUGGUGCACAUGGUGUGGGUCGCCGUCACAUUAAGAAUACAUUAAUUUCCAAGUAUCCCGAUAAAUAUGCAUACCCCAUACCACAUACAACGAGACCUGCAAAACCGGAGGAGGAGAAUGGACGCAGCUAUUACUUUGUUUCACACGACGAGAUGAUGGCCGACAUUGCUGCAAAUGAGUACUUAGAAUAUGGUACUCAUGAGGAUGCCAUGUACGGCACUAAAUUGGACACCAUACGUCGCAUACACACCGAAGGUAAAAUGGCCAUAUUGGACGUUGAGCCACAAGCGUUGAAAAUUUUGCGUACCGCAGAAUUCACGCCCUACGUAGUGUUCAUAGCGGCGCCGUCGUUACAAAAUAUCGCUGAUUACGAUGGCAGCUUGGAGCGACUGGCCAAAGAAUCCGAUAUGUUGCGUCAAUUGUACGGACACUUCUUCGAUUUGACGAUUGUAAACAACGACAUUAGCGAGACAAUUGCUACCCUAGAAGCGGCUAUCGAGCGCGUGCACACCACUCCACAAUGGGUGCCUGUUUCAUGGUUGUACUGACAAGACAGUGAGCUUGAGUGUCCCGACUGCUUGGAGGGCUGCGACUGUGAAUGGGAAGCAUACGCAGCCGGUGCCCAACAACAUAAUGCGGGCCACUUUUGAACUACGUACACAUACACAAAUUUGUAAUAGCACCACUAAAAAAAUAAACAAAAAAACAUCACCACUUGGAAUGAAUUUACAAGCAAGCGCAUAUACUGAGGCAUGAGAAAAGAGAGAUUAAAUGAAAUGGCAAAACUGCAAAGUAAAUGCAUGAGAAGACAUAAGUAUGUAUGUACUUGCGACAGUGCACAAAGUGACACAGGCAAAUCCACACGAAACAUACACACAAACACUUCUUCACACAAACAUUAGUUGGUAGAAAAAUUUAUAAAUGAAAAAUUCGGGUGCAACAUUAUGAAAAAAAACAGAGAUAUAGAAUAGUAUAGGCAAUUAAGUAAAUGAAUAAAAUAUGCAUUAACACUUAUACAUAUAUAGACAUACAUACAUUCCAAGUAAAGAAAAAAAAAACACAACGUUAAAAGAUUUAGUAACUGCCUAGGUAUGCAUGCAUACAGAGGUACAUGCCACAAGUUAAGUGAAACGACAGCAUGAAAAGCGAAAAACGCAAAACUCCAAUGUAGAAACGUGCAAUGUUUUCAACAUUUGAGACGAAAAUUUAUUAGAGCCAGUCUCGUAGAAUUCUCGUAUGCUUCUUCUACCGAAUAUUUUAAGAGGCUUUGCGAGUGUGUGGCAUCUGUAUACAAACGAGCACAAAUUGUUGUGAUUGUGAUGCUAAACCGCGCUUAAUAGCUAAUGAAAAAAACUACAUUGCCAACUGUUAAGUGAUGAGGUCACUAAAUCUGAUGAAGCGUCAUUAUUGUAUAAAUUUUUAGCUGGCUUUGAGCAGCUUAAUUAAUCUACACUGACGCCAUACUGGAAUUUAUCUUUACCAGCAAGAGCCGGCGGAAAGCCUUUAGACUUUGCUUUCAUCUUAGAACGGUUUGAAGUUAAUGGAAAUUGAUUUUCCAUACGCGAUUGUUCAGUAACAAAUGGACAAGAGCUCGUCUGAAAUGCCGCUCAAGCAUCUUCCUUCUCCGUGCAUGCAAGUGGCGUCGUGUUUUCUAUUUAGCAGCACUGCACGUUUGUUGCAUUGGAGAGAGUUGUGAUUAUUUGAGAAUUUCGUAGGCUUUAUUUAAUACUUUGUUAAGUUUACACAGACCAAUUGUUAACUUUUAAUUUAUUUAAAAACGCUUAUGUAAAGUAAAAAAAAAGAAUUAUAUAAUAUAUACAUAUGUACACACAAGCACUUGUUAAAUUAAUUUAAUUUAAAUUUUAAUUAUAGUAUUAUAAAAAAAAAACUUCUUAAAAUGAACUAUUUGAAAUUAAGUAAAUGAAGUGAAAGAACAUGCAAUGGGAAAUGCAAACAAUUAAUAUUUACAAUUUUACGAACGGGUACACAACACAAUAAACUUAAAGUAUUAUUGAAAAGUAUUUAACAGAUGCAAUUAAGAGCGUUUCAAAAAAUGUAAGUCACAACAAAUUAAAGACAAUUUUAAAAUAAAGGCAAACAGUUGUACGCGA